UCAGAGUUCACCGCUGCACGUGGUUCAAUCAACAUGGCUGCGCCCUGAACGUUUGAGUAAGAAGUGGAUUUGAGAGUAAAAGUAAGAAGUGAUGGCAGAUGUUAGUGGCAGCCCGGUGGCUGAUCCUCCACCCUCAAAGGAGGAGGAGUCUGAGGACCUCCCCCAGGACUCCCACAAGGAUGCUGAGGAUGUCAAAGCUGAGGGCGAGACGGAGGCAGCCUCUGACCCCAGCAUGUACCGCUACAUCAAAGAGGACCUCUUCACAUCAGAGAUCUACAAAGUGGAGAUCAGGAAUCUCCCCAAGUUCACCGGCUUUAACGACCUGAAGAAGUUCCUGGCCAAACACAGCCUCAACCCGCACAAAAUCAAGUUGUUUGGCAAGCAGACGUUUGCUUUCGUCACCUUCAAGAACGAGGAAGAGCGCGACAAGGCCAUGAAGAUGGUUCAUGGCAUGCAGUGGAAGGGCCAGGUGCUGAGCGUCAGGCUGGCCAAACCCAAAGCAGACCCCAUCCAGAGGAAGAGGAGGCAGGAGGAAGGGGAGGGUGCGGCGGGAGGGCAGCCGCCAUCCAAGAGGACAGAGGGAGACGAGGAAGAGGAGCCGCUCAGCGUCCAGAUAGCCAACGUGGUGACUCCUCUGUGGAACGUGCCUUAUGAGGAGCAGCUGAGGAGGAAGGAGCAGGAGGUGGUGGGGGUCCUGCAGAGGCUGGCCCGAGAGAUUGGCAGCACCAACAAAGCCAUGUUGCCGUGGCUGUUUGCACAGAAAGGGAAAUAUAACAAAAUGUGUUGUCCUCUGGAAACUAUCCGGCCAUCUCCUACACAGACAGAGUACAGAAACAAGUGCGAGUUCCUCAUUUCGGUGGGCGCAGACGGCGAGGAUAAGACCAUCGGUUUCCGCCUGGGAAAAUAUAAAGGCGGCUCCUGUGCUGUGGUCGGGCCAGCCGAGACGUGCCAUGUCUCGGUCGAGGCCAAGAGAGUGGUCAGCGAGUUUCAGAAGUUCAUCAGGACGACUCCAUACUCCGUGUACAGUCCUGAAACAUAUGAAGGACACUGGAAGCAGCUGACUGUACGGACUACCAGGACCAAACAAGCCAUGGCUGUAGUGUUCUUCAACCCACAGAAACUUGAUGAGGAGGAAGUCAGCGCACUGAAGAGCUCCAUGAGGAAGCACUUCACAGAAGGAGAGGGGAAAGAGAGUGGAGUAACCUCUCUUUACUUUGUUAGAGAGGGUCAGAGGACUUCUCCUAACAUAGAGGACUUGCCCUGUGAGCUGGUGGCUGGAGAGGGCUGCAUUCACGAGGAGCUCCUGGGUCUAAAGUUCAGGAUAUCUCCUCAUUCUUUCUUCCAGGUGAACACAGGAGCUGCAGAGGUGCUGUACUCUGCUGUGGGGGAAUGGGCCCAGCUGGAUCAGGAUAGCACAGUACUGGAUGUGUGCUGUGGGACAGGGACCAUCGGCAUCUCUCUGGCUAAGAGGGUGAAGAAGGUGAUUGGGAUCGAGCUCUGCCAGGAAGCAGUCGAGGAUGCCAAAGUUAAUGCAAAGCUCAAUGGUCUCAGUAAUGUCGAGUUUCACUGUGGAAAAGCCGAAGAUGUGUUCCCCAACAUUCUCAAUGCUCUGGUGUCACCCAACCUCACAGCCAUCGUGGAUCCACCGAGGGCAGGCCUACAUUCCAAGGUGAUACUUGCCAUCAGGAGGGCAGAGCAUCUGAAGAGGCUGGUUUAUGUGGCAUGCAAUGCUAAGGCUGCCAUGAACAACUUCAUUGAUCUGUGCAGAGCGCCAUCCAACAGAGUUCACGGGGCCCCCUUCCGUCCGGUGCGAGCCAUGGCCGUGGAUCUGUUCCCUCAGACCAUGCACGUUGAGAUGCUUCUGUUGCUGGAGAGAGUGGACUACAAUUCCCAGCAGCAGCAGACCAGCAGCACUCAGGAAAAGACAGGGUCUUAGCCUUUAGAAAAAGACCCUGUACAGUUUGAUAGAGAGCAUGGGCUCUCUGUAGUAGAAAUGUACGCACACCCUCAGUGUUAAAAUGAAUAAUUACAAUAGCUUUCUUUCCUCUAUUUCUCUAAGUAACUGCACGGCCUUAUAGUCUUAACUUUAAAGGGUCACUAAAUCCAAAUAACAACUUACCAGUGUCUCAUCCAGUUUGGUCCUCUUAUCCCAUAAUGCAAUAAUAAUUUGUGCUUCAAUAAAUGUUAAUACAGUAUUCAUUGCAGUGCAUUUGUUUAACUGAGCUUUAUGGGCAGUGCCCCAUUGCCUAUUCUUCAUUUUUUAGUUUGAGAACCUUUGUAAAAGACGUAGUUUAUCAUGGGCUAUGUUUAAAAGCCAUAAUGCUACCUAGACUCCCUAAAUGUUUUUGGUUUACUGUAAUUUUCACAUACCUUGUUCAACUCUUAAGGAUAAUGCAGCUCAGAUUGGGUACUGUGUGUUGAUAGCCUUUCCCAUUACAGUGUCACCUUAAUUGAACUUCCUUUUGUUUCUGUUCUGUUUGAUCAUUCUGCGACUGAAUAAAACAAAGCCCUUCUCA